GUAAUUAUCACACGACAUUUCAAGAUGUCAAUUGUCAAAAAGCGAACAUAACCUCAGAUUCGCACACGUUUUAAAAAUGAAAUAUUGACUUUAAACUCAAAAAUGGAGUUGUUUGUGAUAAACCGUCACGGGGACCCCACCCCGGAGGUGACCCACGAAGAGGAAACGGCAAAACUGGCCACAGUCCUCAAACGCAUCGAACGCAAGAAACAGCAACGUAUCCGUCAAAGAGAGCGCGAACGUGAGAAACGUCGUGUCCCGGAACCCGUCGUGGAGGCCCCCCAACCCGUUCCAGAAGCCCCCAUACCACCACCAGCAGCGAAACCCCCCAUUUCUAAUUUCACGAUUCUGGGGGCCGAAACCACAGCCAAGAGACCGAAAACCGCACGUGUUCUCCCCCAAUGGCUCACCAACCCCACACUAAUCUCCUCCGACUUGCAAGAAUUGACGUGGAAAGUCUCGAAACUCAAAGCUUUGGAUAGGGGGCUCAGGGAGCGGUUGCGGGCCAAUGGGGUGAGGUAUUUGUUUCCGGUGCAGGCGGAAGUGAUCCCCUGGUUGCUACAAGUGCGUCAAAAUGCCGAUAUCAUGUUCCCGAGGGAUGUGUGUGUGAGUGCGCCCACCGGAAGUGGGAAAACCCUAGCAUUUGUUUUACCAGUGGUGCAAACCUUGAAACGAUUCACUGUGAGGAAAAUCAGGGCUUUGGUGAUUUUGCCCACUCAGGAUCUCGCUGAGCAAGUGUUUAAAAGCUUCAAAUUGUACACACAGGGGACCAAAAUCGAAGUUGGCCUCAUCUCAGGCAAACAUUUGUUUAAUUUUGAACAAAAACAAUUGGUUUAUUUCAACGCAGCCUUUGGUUUUGUUAGCAAAAUUGAUAUUCUUGUGUGUACAGCUGGCCGAUUAGUGAAUCACUUGAAAUUGACUGAAGGUUUUGAUUUAAAAUCACUCGAAUUUUUGAUUAUUGACGAGGCUGAUCGAGUUUUGGAAAGUGUGCAAGAUGAUUGGUUGUACCACUUGGAGAGGCACAUUUGUGUACAAAAUCAUCGGGUUUUAAAUUUGUGCACUUUGCGCGGUCUUAGGGCCCCUCAAAAGCUCCUCUUUUCGGCGACUUUGACUCAAGACCCGGAAAAAAUCGAGAAAUUAUCACUUUUCCAGCCGAAACUUUUCAUGGGAAACCCCGGUGAGGAAAAAUCGGGGAAAUACACAACCCCGAGAGAGCUAACCGAAAAAUACAUUGUGUGUGCCAAAGACGUGAAACCGCUCGUUUUGUAUGCUUUCCUCAAACGUGAAAACUUGACAAAGACUUUGAUUUUCACCCAUUCGGUUGAGAGUGCCCAUCGACUGAAAAUCCUCCUCAAAUCGCUGUUCAAAAAUCGACUAAAAAUCGAGGAAAUCUCCUCAAAUUUGAAGGGGAAAAACCGCGAUGAGUUUAUUUCGAGUUUCACAAAAGGUGAAAUUGAUUUAUUAAUUUGUACUGAUUUUCUAGCACGAGGGAUCGACUUGCCGGGGGUGAAUUGUGUAGUGUCUUAUUCAGCCCCCAAAUAUCUAAAAACUUAUAUACAUAGAGGGGGGAGGACAGCAAGAGCGGGUGAAUCGGGGGUGGCUGUGACACUUUUACAUGAGGAACAAGUGCCAGCGUUUAAAGCCUUGUUGAAGAAGGAGAUUGAGGAGGUUGAGGUCGGGGUGGAGGAGUUGGAGGGGAUGAGUGAGAGGUAUAAGAAGGCGUUGAGGAGGCUCAAGGAGGCGGUUAACAAAGAGGAGAAAGUGGGCAUGGAUAGUGUUUUGGCGAAGAAAAAGGCCUUGAAGAAGUUAAAGAAGAAGAUUAAUACGAUUAAAUAGCAAAUCUUGGUUUUGUAAUAAUAAAAUGAUUUCUUUAUCAAAA